AAAAUGAAAGAAAUUACCUUUCCGUUCUGUCAGAUGGCGCCUUUAUACGUCGACCAAUCAGAAGUCUCGCUCGGACGAAACUGGGCCACUGGGGGUAACGGCAUUUGAGACGUGACGGUUGAAAUUGCCAGUUGCUUUGACAUUGCUUGUUCAAUUCGAACCAUUUAAAAACUCCUCUUGUUAAUCUCUUGGAAUAAUACCUGACGAUAAUAUAUUAACAAAACUUCAUAUUUUCGACCAAGAAAAUUAACAAUUAACGAAGUUUCUCCAUUUCUUAGCAGUGCCAUCUGUCUGCCAUCGCUACGUAUUUUAAAACAGAUAUUAUUAAUUUUUUUAAAUUAAAAAACUAUGACUUUUUUAACGCAAUAGUUUUUAUUAUUGCUUAAAAAUGUCUGUCACGUGACCAAACAGCGACCCUAGCAGACGAUCAGAGUUGUAGGUCGUCCUCGGAUGUGCAAACCGGAUGCGAACUUGCGACUACUUACCUAAUUCCUGUUCCUAUUUUUCGAUUUCAAUAUGAAGAUUGAUAGUCGUAAACAGAAUUAAUUUUUCGUCAUGAAGGAACCAGAACCGAAUCAUCAAUCUCAGUUAAAAUUAUUGAAAAAAGGAGCAUUUAUCUUUGGCGACAGUAAAAAUCCUCCGGAUCAGCCACCGCCUUGGUUGGAUAAAGAAAGAUUCUAUCGUGCAAGGGUUAUAUUUAAAAAAUAUUUCUUCAGCAUCUUCUUCAUUCAUCUGUCGGGGCUCAUGUUGACCAUUCAUUUACCUUCGAUGCUACCUCCUUUGUUGGCAACGGGAAAAUCUGCUAAUCUAAUGUGCUUAUUUCAACGUUAUCUCAGCACCAUGUUGCACAUCAGACGAUGGUACGAGGGAGACGUGUGGAACCCCGAAGAUCCGGCUCACAAAUCCAUCAUAACGGUUAGAAAAAUGCAUAAGAGAGUGGCGGACAGAUUAAACGAUUCCAAAGAACACGGCACCUGCCCCCUUUCCAAGAAGGACGUGGUUUACGUUUCUCAAUACGACAUGGCCAUAGCUCAGUUCGCCUUCAUCGGUUUGGCCGUACUCUAUCCGACGACGGUGGGCAUCACGUGUUCCAAGGAGGAUCUGGAAUGCCUAAUACACUUCUGGAGAGGCGUGGGAUACUUAUUGGGCAUGGAGGAUCGCUUCAAUCUAUGCCAAGGCACCUACGAAGAAACCACUAAUCUGUGUCGAGAAAUACUGGAAGAGGUGGUCAAACCCGCCAUCAAAUCGUCACCCAAAGAGACUACUCAGAUGAGUAGAAACGUGGUCAAAGCUUUAAACAGUUUUAUUAUAUUUUUGAGUUGGGAGGCCAUGGCCAAAUUCUGGUUUCAGAUCAUCGAUUUGCCCACGGACUUUGCCAUGGCCGUGAUGGAAAAAACCGGUUUCUGGUUGAUGUGGAUUACUUUUCGUUACAUUCUGCGCGUUGUGUACUUUCACGUUUUUUUUAAUUUUUUACUACGUUUUACUCUCAGGUACGUCGUCGUCAGGAAAUUGCAGUUCGAAAACUACCUCCGUAAAUACAUUAGUCCUGCUCAAGUUUGAUCGUUGUGCGGAACGUAUCUGUAUUAAUUUGGUGUAAAAAUAUAAGAUUUUUAAAUUUCACGUUAAUUAAAAUAAUAAUUAACGAACUUAAAAGACGAACUUUCCCACCAGUCAAAAGAACAAUGACGUUUUCAGGAUUAAUUUAUCAGACGUUUCUCUUUAUGCCCGUGUAUUUUUAAAAUAAUACACACAAUUUCACAAGUAUAUUUAAUUUUAUAUAAUUUUUUAAUUGUGCUAGUUAAUUUUAAUAAAAAAAUCUAAUGAUUGAUUCAUUUUGUGGUGUAAAUUUAUAUUUUAUAUUUACAUAAAUUCAUGAGAAAUUUGUUUUCUAGGUUUGUAAAUGAGAAUUUUGACAGGUAACUUUACAAAAUAAAUUAUAGAGAAUCACGCUCAAAACAUUUAAAGAGCCAGAAAAUGUUUAAUUUGGCUUCUUAAAUAUUUCGGGUACGUUUUAAUAUUUUUUGUAAACUUAUUAAGCCAUUCUGUAUAUUCUAAAUGGUAGAGAAUCAUAAUAAUUUGGAGAGUCAAGUUUUAAUUAACCAGAAUCAUUCUAUAAAAUGCAGACAAUUUGGACAAUAAGAGAUAAGAUUUUCAUCUUUAUAUUUCACUAAAAAAAUAAUAAUAAUAAUUUUAAUUUAUUUAUUUUUUUCUAAUUUAUUGAAAUCAAUUCCUUAUAUCACAGAAUGAAUGAUACAUUUUUACAUCACAAUAAUUCAAAUUAUA